AUGGGUUUUCGGCAUCAACACUUUCCGGAUUAUGUCUGUCGUCUCAACAAGUCUCUUUAUGGCUUGAAACAAGCACCACGAGCAUGGUACCAACGGUUUACUGAUUUUGUUCUCUCUAUUGGGUUUCGACAGACUCGUUCUGAUCACUCUCUGUUCGUUUAUCAUCAUGGUACUACUGUUGCUUAUCUUCUUAUAUAUGUUGACGACAUUAUUCUUACGACGUCUACAGAUCAGCUUCGGGAUCAUCUUAUGCGUCGUUUAGGUGACGAAUUUGCCAUGAAAGAUCUUGGCCGUCUUAGUCAUUUUCUUGGGGUUCAAGUCACUAGAAAGGCCAAUACUAUGUUCCUCUCGCAACAACAAUAUGCAACUGACAUUAUUGAACGGGCCGGUAUGUCUUCUUGUAACCCGGUUGCCACGCCAGUUGAUUGCAAUCCGAAACUGAGUGCCACGUCUAGUCCAGAGUUUGAUAAUCCAACUCAGUAUCGUAGUUUGGCAGGUGCACUUCAAUAUUUGACAUUCACCAGACCUGACAUUAGUUAUGCGGUUCAGCAAGUGUGUAUGUACACGCAUUCACCUCGUAUUGAUCACUCGAAUGCACUCAAACGUAUCAUCCGCUACUUAAAGGGCACGGCCUCCUUUGGUCUUACUUUGGGCUCCAUUGGUGAUUUUUCUCUUCGUGCAUACACAGAUGCUGACUGGGCCGGGUGUCCUGACACACGCAGAUCUACAUCCGGGUACUGUGUUUAUCUUGGUUCUAAUUUAUUGUCGUGGUCAUCCAAACGUCAAGCGGUUGUUUCUCGAUCUAGCGCUGAAGCUGAAUAUAGGGGUGUUGCAAAUGUAGUUGCUGAAUUAUCUUGGCUUCGCAAUCUUCUUCUGGAUCUUCACAAACCCAUGCGUAAGGCAGGUAUUGUUUUUUGUGACAACAUCAGCGCUGUGUAUCUUUCGGGGAAUCCAGUUCAGCAUCAGCGUACUAAGCAUAUUGAGCUAGACAUACAUUUUGUUCGUGAACUUGUUAAGCGUGGUCAGGUCCGUGUCUUACAUGUUCCCUCCAGAUUUCAGAUUGCUGACAUCUUCACCAAAGGCUUGCCUCGGAUACUAUUUGAUGAUUUUCGGUCUAGUCUCAGCAUUCGGCCUCCUCUAGCUUCGACUGCGGGGGUGUAA